AAACAACAAACAACCUCAUCGAAGGCGGCCACCCACCUACCACACCACACUCUCUUACCGUACAACACCACGACAACAACAAUCACAAUCAAUCACAACGCGGCCUCCUCCUGCCGCAGACACUCGCUCACGCCCACCCGAUUCCGCGCUUUGAUACAAAACAAACCUCGAGGGUCUAGUAGCCAGUUCACAUACCUCCACAAAGACUCGAAAGAUACCCCAGAGUCGACCGCGUUGUCGCGCUCACUCAACCAUGGACGACUCCCUGAUGGAGGACUCGAUCUUUGACUCGGCUCAGAGCGAUUCGGAUGACUUUGCGCCUGUUGCAACUGUGAGUAAUUCUCGGCGAAGACCUAAUUGGAAGGAAUCGCCCAUUCCAAAUAUGCCAGUCGCAAUUGAGCUCUGUUGAUAUAUGUUUCUGUCAGAAACCAAAAGUAAAACCUGCUCCCAAGAAAGCUGUCGCAUCCAAGGCCCCGAAAGUUCCCAAAGCCACCGUGCCAAAGAAGAUGGUUCAGACUACCCUCAAGUCUUCUAAGCCUGCAGCGAAACUUGCUUCAAAGAAGCGCCCCAAACCAGACAGUGACGACGAAGACCCCCCUUCAGACCUCGACUCCAUCCUACACGACGAUGCCUCAUUACUUUCGAACACCCCACCGAGCUUUAAGAAGCAAAAGAAAGGACCAGUAAAGAAAGGGGGUGGAAAACCAUUGGCAGAUAUCAACAAUGAGAGUAUGGGUCUGGACAGUCCAGUAGAAGCAAAGCCUAAGGCAAAGGGAAAGAAGGAUGCAACAGAUCAAUAUCAGAAACUCACCCAGCUGGAACACAUCAUCAAGCGACCCGACACAUACAUUGGAUCCGUGGAGAGUACGACUGAGGUUAUGUGGGUAUUUAACUCUGAGACCUCUCAGAUGGAGCUUCGCAAAGUUACUUUCGUUCCCGGUCUUUACAAGAUCUUCGACGAAAUUCUGGUAAACGCUGCCGACAACAAGCAGCGUGAUCCCUCAAUGAAGAAUAUCAAGGUUGUUGUAGAUCGGGAGAAGGGUGAGAUCAGUGUUGAGAACGACGGUGCUGGUAUUCCCAUUGAGAUUCACAAGAAAGAGGGUAUCUACAUUCCGGAAAUGAUCUUUGGUCACCUCCUCACUGGAUCCAACUACGAUGAUGAUGAAGAGAAGACCACCGGUGGUCGUAACGGUUAUGGCGCUAAGCUCUGUAACGUCUUUAGUACCGAGUUCACAUUAGAGACCCAGGAUUCCAACACCGGGAAGAGAUACAAGCAAACAUGGACAGACAACAUGAGCAAGAUGGGCAAGGCAAAAAUCUCUUCUAGCAAAUCGUCAGACUUUACUAGAGUCACUUUCACGCCUGACUAUCGACGCUUUAAGAUGGCCAACAUUGACGAUGAUUUCGAAGCACUCGUCAAACGCCGUGUGUACGACAUGGCAGGAACUCUGAAGGGGGUGAAAGUCACUCUGAAUGGUGUGCAAAUCAAGCUUGACUUCAAGAAAUACAUUGAGAUGUACGCCAAAGCCAUCAACAAGGAGCGUGACAUGGACGAAGGAGCUGAAGCUCCAACUGCCGCCGCAACUGUCAUCAUCGAAGACCCCAAAGCUCACGAAAAGUGGGAGGUUGGUUUUGCAGUAUCAGAUGGUUCUUUCCAGCAAGUGUCUUUUGUUAACUCAAUCGCCACAACUUCAGGAGGCACUCACGUCAAUUAUAUCGCGGAUCAAAUCUGCGAGAAAUUGAUGGACGUAGUCAAGAAAAAGAACUCUAAAGGCACGGCACUGAAAACGAAUCAGAUUCGAAAUCAUAUCUUCCUUUUCGUCAACUGUCUCAUCGUCAACCCGGCCUUCACAUCCCAGACCAAGGAGCAGUUGACUACCAAAUCCAAGCAAUUUGGUAGUAAGUGUAUUCUCACCGAAACUUUUUUGAAGAAGAUUGGCCAGACUGAUGCAGUCCAAAACAUUUUGAAUUUCCAACAGGCCAAGGCUGAUCAGGUUCUGGCAAAGAGUGACGGAAACAAACGUUCUCGCAUGAAUAAUCCCAAGCUUGUCGAUGCCAAUCUUGCUGGUACAAAGCGGGGCCACGAGUGUACCUUGAUAUUGACAGAAGGAGAUUCUGCGAAGUCUCUCGCCGUUGCUGGUAGAGCUGUCUUGGAUCCUGACCGUAUCGGUGUCUUCCCACUCCGUGGUAAACUACUUAAUGUUCGUGAUGCAUCCAUCGAUCAAAUUUCGAAGAAUGCUGAAAUCCAAAACAUCAAACAAUUCUUGGGAUUGAAGCACAAACAACAUUACAAGGACACCACCGGACUCCGAUACGGACAUCUCAUGAUCAUGGCCGACCAAGAUCACGAUGGUAGUCAUAUCAAAGGUCUUUUGAUUAACUUCCUCCAAGUCCAGUUUCCCAGCUUACUGAAGCUGCCAGACUUUUUCCGAGAAUUCAUCACGCCUAUCGUCAAGGUGUGGAAGGGAAAUCCCAAGAAGCCUAUCAGUCAAAAGUCAUUCUUCACCAUGCCUCAGUACGAGUCAUGGAAGGAAGCACACGCGAAUGACAGAGGCUGGUCUCACAAGUACUACAAGGGUCUGGGAACUAGUUUGCCUGAGGAUGCCCAAGUGUAUUUCAGUAAUCUUGAUGAUCACUUGAGAGAAUUCGAGGUCAUCAAGCCUGAAGAAGAAGAAAUGAUCGAUCUGGCAUUCUCGAAGAAGAAGGCUGAUGCUCGUAAGCAAUGGCUUGGUAACUUCCUUCCUGGAACUUUCCUGGACCAUUCCACGAAGACUCUCACAUAUGAUAACUUCGUCAACAAGGAACUGAUUCUUUUCAGUAUGGCAGACAAUCUCAGAUCGAUUCCGUCUGUCAUUGAUGGUUUGAAGCCGGGUCAGCGGAAGGUCAUGUUUGCUUGCUUCAAGCGAAAUCUUAACAAGGACAUGAAGGUCGUAGAGUUGGCUGGUUAUGUGUCCGAGCACACUGCUUACCAUCACGGUGAAACGUCGAUGCACCAGACCAUCAUUGGUCUUGCCCAGAACUUUGUUGGUUCAAACAAUAUCAAUUGCCUGGAACCUAGUGGAUCUUUCGGAUCUCGACUUGCAGGAGGUAGCGAUUCUGCUAGUCCCCGUUACAUUUUCACCAGACUUUCCCCAUUCGCUCGCCGAGUCUACUCUUCCCUCGACGAACCACUUUACGAACACAAUGUCGAUGAUGGCAAGGUUAUCGAGCCAACAGUCUAUUGUCCAGUCGUUCCUAUGGUGCUCGUUAAUGGCGCGGACGGGAUUGGCACGGGUUGGAGUACAACAAUUCCCAAUUAUCACCCUGUCGACAUUGUCAAGAAUCUCAAGCGUCGAAUGGGUCGUUUGGACGAAGGAGAUACCGAGGAGAAGCCUUUCGAGACGAUGAUUCCAUGGUUCCGUGGCUGGAAGGGUACUCCUGAGGAAGCUGGGGCCAACAGAUACAACUUCAAUGGUGUAAUUCGCGAGGUUGGCAACAACGAAGUUGAGAUUACCGAACUUCCCAUCAGAGUCUGGACCGACGACUUCAAAGGAAAGCUCGAGGAGAUUAUCAAAGCCGAGAAGGUCCCAUCAUUCAUCAAGGAUUACAAGGAGUACAACGAUCACAAGAAUGUUCAUUUUGUAAUUCAACUAGACGACAAGCACAUGAAGGCGGCUCUGGCAGAUGGACUUUCCGAGCGCUUCAAGCUCAACAAGACGAUUGCGACAUCUAAUCUUGUUGCAUUCGACCACCGUGGUCAAAUCAAGAAGUAUGAAAAGGUUGAAGACAUUCUUGAGGAGUAUUAUGUCUACCGUCUGGCUAUGUAUACGAAAAGAAAGGCAUAUUGGUUGGCGCAAAUCAACACGGCUUAUCGCAAGCUCAAGAAUCAAGCUAGAUUUGUUAUGGAGAUCAUCGAUAACAAACUUGUCGUUUCCAAGAAAAAGAAACCGGUGCUUGUUGCAGAGCUCCGUAAGCGAGAGUAUGAGGCUUUCCCAAAGCUCAAGGACGCGCAAAAGGCAGGCGAGACAGAUGAUGUUGUUGAGAACGACGACGAUCCUAUUGAUGAGGCUUCUGGGGCUCGGGACUUUGAUUAUCUUCUAGGAUUGCCUAUCUGGUCUCUUACCCAAGAGCGUGUCGACAAACUCAAGGCUCAAAUGAUUGCUAAGAAGGAAGAGCACGAUGCCAUGGAGAAGCUCGAUGAGAAGGACCUUUGGUGCAAGGAUCUCGAUGAAUUCGUCCUCGAGUGGGAGGCUCAACUCAAGGAGGAGGAAGAUUACCAGAAGAGCAUCCGAAACACCACCCGUCGAGCAUCGCGGAAGAUCGGAGCUGGUGGAAAGGGCCGCGGCCGACCAGCUAAGCUUGCUGAUGACGAGUACAACCCGAAGCCACUCAAGGCCAAUCCUGCCAAGGGCGUUAUCAAGGUCGAGAAUAAGCCUCAGCAGCAUCAGCGAUUCCUCGAAAUGUUUACCAAGGCCAAGCCAAAGAAGACAUCCGGCAUGGGUGGUGAUGGCGCUGACGAUGAUGGAGCUCUUGAGAUCUCUGAUGGAAUGUCAGACGAUGAUUUUGAUGCCUUGAGAGCUGUAAAGCCUGAAGUCAAGGAAUCCUCGAAAGAGUCUUCACGCGGUCCCAGCCGAGCACCGAGUGAGCAGCCUGCCAACGGACGUACCAAGCGCGCUGCAGCUGCAGCCCCCAAGAAGUGGGUAAUCACUGACGAUGAGGAAUCCGAAAGUGAUGACGGCAAGUUCUUGGGAGACGUAGGUGCCAUGGUGAAGGGAAUUGGCGGAGGCGACAACGGUACGACUGCGGCCAACGGUCGUGACUUUUCUCUUCACACUUCGGCCCGUCCAACCAGCAGUCACGGUACAGAAUUCCCGAAGUUGAAGACCAAACCCAGCCGAACUUUCGAUAGUGAUGAUGCCGAUGAGACGAACUACGAAAUGCUCGCCAAGUCAUCUCCCCACAAGGCACCGCCGGCUAGGGAUAACUUAGAUAGCUUCUUAUCAGACGAUGAUGAUGAACUGGUUCCAGUCACCAAGAAGAUUCCAACCAAGGCUCCAGCUCCAAAGGCAGCACCAAAACCCGCUGCAAAGCCUGCUCCUAAGCCAAAGAAGGCUCCUGUGGCUAAGAAGGCUAUCGAACCACCCAAGCCAACUCAAUUGUCUCCCGCUGCGAAGGCAUACGCUGCCAAGCAGAGCAAGCUGAAGCUCACCUCCAAGAAUGAUUUCAGCGAAGAGGAGGACGACGAUGUCGAGAUGGAAGAUGCCGACUCUCCACCACCCAAACCAGCUGCUCGUGGGCGAGGCCGACCAGCUCGUGCUGCUGCGGCGGCUCCAAAGAAGAAGCCCAUCUACAUCGACUCCGAGGACGAAGACGAGAUGGAUCUAGAUGAUAACGAUGAGUCUGCUCUGGUUGAUGAGCAGAGCGAAGAUGACUUUGAUGAUAGCGAUUAGGUGGGCAGGUGGGCGGGUUAAAACAUUUCUUGCAUUAUUUGGUAUUGGUUUUUGGCGUUAUGCCUCGUCGUGGUUAGACGGGUGUGGAUAUGGGUUGUGCUUUGGGUGGGCUGGGGGCUGGAUACCUGUGGUGCUUGCUGGUUGUUCGUGGAUGCAUUUUUUUUUCUUGCUGCUUGCUGCUGCUUGGUACUUGAUACUUGCCGUUUAUCUCAGAUGGUUGACUGGAAAGUCUAACUGGGGAGGUUGUAUUUCCCUGCCUGGUUCUGCUCACACGUUUAUGAAUUGAGCUUUCGCGGUAUCUGAUAUGGGUUUUGUUGUAUGAAUAGUUUUAUUCUAUUGAUAUGGUGGCAAUUUUUUACGUACGCAGUAACUUAUACGCCUGCAUGCUUGCUAUGCAUUGCUCUAUGUAUUGCCGCGGUUAUCUACCUUGAUAAACACUAAGCUAGAACAUAAGUUAGGAACAAAAUUGUGACUCGAUAACCUAGGUAAGCUCCUUGUGCUUGCCUGGUGGGAGGGUGGCAUUGCAUUGGAUUUUAUUCUACUCUACGGCGUGGGGAUGUGAUGGGAUGUGAUGGGGAAUGGGAUUUGGGAAGGGAUGGGAAGCCUCUGAUGCAAUUGGCUGUGGGUGGCACGUCCGCGUCGCACCUCUCCUGCUGUGAUACGGUACGGUAACGAAAAUCAUACCCUAGUCUGGUGGGUGGUGGUGCCUGUCACAUCAAGACCCCCGAGCCCCUUUGUUGAUCUCUAUUUAAACAGAAGGCCUUUCUGUAAGGUUGUAUUGUACUGUAUGGUUGAUUUACUAGGAAGCGAAAGUUGAC